AUGAAAACAGGAACUUCAAAUUUCUUCAAUGAUCAAACUGUUGUUCUCACCACUAAACUUCUACGUUGGACUAUUUGUUCUCUCGUUCCAAUAGCUUUGGUUCUUAUAUACUUCUACCAUCUACCAAUUCUACCCCUUUCAUCUCCCGAAUCUGACUUCACUCAUUCCAAUAUCACUGAUCACUCUUCACCUUCAUCUUCUUACGCAGAGAAGAAUUUUUUUUACCAAAACCAAUGUGAUUACUCAAAGGGUGAUUGGAUCAAAGACACGUCAAGUCCUUUAUAUAAUGACACAACAUGUGGUAUGAUGAAAGAAGGAAGAAAUUGCAUCAAACAUGGAAGACCUGACUCUGAUUAUCUUUAUUGGAGAUGGAAACCAAGUGAAUGCUAUCUUCCAAGGUUUGAACCACACACUUUUCUACAACUCAUUAGCAAUAAGCAUAUAGCUUUUGUUGGAGAUUCAAUGGCUAGGAACCAAUUAGAGUCUCUUCUAUGCAUGUUAGCAACUGUUUCAGUUCCUAAUCUUGUGUACCAAAACGGCGAUGAUAAUAAGUUCUCCAAGUGGUACUUUUCUUCAUACAAUGUAAGUGUUUCAUUGUAUUGGUCUCCAUUUCUAGUUCAAGGUAUUGAAAAAUCAAGCACAAGGCCGAAUAAUGAGCUAUAUUUGGAUCUUGUGGAUGAAAAAUGGGCAAAGGAUAUGGAUCAAAUGGACAUGAUUGUGUUAUCAGUUGGACAUUGGUUUUUGCUUCCCGCGGUUUAUCAUGAAGGUGAUUCAAUCUUAGGAUGUCACUAUUGUCCUGGUCUUAAUUACACUGAUAUGGAAUUUUAUGAUGCAUUGAGAAAGGCUUUAAGGACUACUCUUCAUAGCAUAAUUGAUAGAAGAGAAAAUGAUAAAAGUAAAGGAUUUGAUGUAUUUCUGACAACAUUUACACCACAUCAUUUUGAAGGUGAUUGGGAUAAAGCCGGUGCUUGUCCAAAGACUAAGCCUUAUAGGAACGGCGAGAAGGAAGUUGAAGGAAUGAAUGGUGAGAUCAGGAAGGUUGAGAUUGAAGAAGUUGUGGCUGCUAAGGUGAAAGGGAGUGAAAAUGGAAGGUUUAGAUUUGAGAUAUUGGAUGUAACGGAAUUGGCUUUGUUGAGACCAGAUGGUCACCCCGGUCCUUAUAUGAAUCCUUUUCCGUUUUUUGAUGGUGCUCACGAACAUGUGCAGAAUGAUUGUGUUCAUUGGUGUUUACCUGGACCGAUCGAUACAUGGAAUGAUAUAUUUUUAGAAAUGAUAAAGAAAUGGUGGGAAGAAACUAGGAGUGAAGAUUGA